GGCCAUGCCACAAGUGAAAUGGACCCCACUGACCUCAGAUCAUCGUCUGUCCACUCUUCUUUCUGCAGGCACCUUUGUGUCCGCAAUGGGGUGGCUUUGCACCAAGUUCCUGUCCUCCGUGAGCUGCCUGAUUUUGCUAUGGGUGACUGGCUCUGGGGGCAUCAAGGUCCUGGGUGACCCCACCUGCUUCUCUGACUACAUCCGCACUUCUACGUGUGAGUGGCAGCUGGAUAGCACUGUGGACUGCAGUUCUCAGCUCCUCCUGGACUACAAGCUGCUCUUCGAGUUCUCUGAAAACCUCACAUGCAUCCCCAAGAACAGUGCCGACACCAUGUGUGUGUGCCAAAUGGCCAUAGAGGAGCCGAUCCAGGCAGACACAUACUGGCUGGAACUGUGGUCUGAGCGGCGACAGCUGUGGCAAGGCUCCUUCAAGCCUAGUGACAAUGUGAAGCCCCCAGCUCCAGACAACCUCACACUCCACACCAAUGUCUCCAAAACACUGCUGCUGACGUGGAGCAACCCAUAUCCAUCGAACAACUUCCUGCACAAUGGCCUCAUCUACAUGGUCAACAUCUCCAGAGAGGACAACCCGGCAGAAUUCAAAGUCUAUAAUGUGACCUACUCGGAACCCAAGCUGAGCUUCCCAGUCAACACCCUAAAAUCGGGGGUGCGCUAUAGGGCACGUGUGAGGGUCUCGUCCCAGAGCUUCUCUGGCAUCUGGAGUGAGUGGAGUCCCAGCAUCACGUGGUACAACUACUUCCAGCUGCCCCUGCUGCAGCGCCUCCCGAUGGGCGUCACCAUCUCCUGCAUCUGCAUCCUAUUGUUUUGCCUGACCUGUUACUUCAGCUUUAUCAAGAUUAAGAAGAUAUGGUGGGACCAGAUUCCCACUCCAGCCCGCAGUCCCUUAGUGGCCAUCAUCAUUCAGGACACAAAGGUGUCCCUCUGGGAGAAGCAGACCCGAAACCAGGAGUCAACCAAGAGCCGGCACUGGAAGACUUGUCUAACCAAGCUGCUGCCCUGCUUGCUGGAGCAUAGAGUGAAGAAAGAGAGAGGAUCCCCGAAGGCUGCCAAAACCAAGCCUCUCCAGAGUCCUGAAAAAGCAGGCUGGCAUCCUGCGGAGGUCAGCAGGACCGUCCUCUGGCCAGAGAACGUUAAUGUCAGUGUGGUGCGCUGUAUGGAGCUGUUUGAGGCCCCAGUACAGAAUGUGGAGGAGGAAGAGGAUGAGAUGGUCAAAGGGGACCUGAGCAUGUCACCUGAGAACAGCGGAGGGGGCUUCCAGGAGAGUCAGGCAGACAUCAUGGCCCGGCUCACUGAGAACCUGUUUUCAGACUUGCUGGGGGCUGAGGACGGAGGCGUUGGCCAGUCGAGCAUGGCAGAGUCAUCCUCCCUUCUGCCUUCAGAAAGUGGGCAAGCUUCUGCGUCCUGGGCCUGCUUCCCCACGGGGCCCAAUGAGGUCACAGGGCAGCAGCCUCCACACCCAGACCCUGAGAGAGCAACUGGCACAGCCUGCGCACAGGUCCCCCUUGUCAUUUCAGACAAUCCUGCCUACCGGAGUUUUAGUGACUUCUCCAGCCCGGCCCCAAAUCCUGGAGAGCUGGCUUCAGAACAGAAGCAGGUUGGACAUCUGGAAGAAGGGGAUCCUCUGAGCCCGGUUGACCCCCAUUCUUCAGGGCCACCAAUGCAGCAAGCGGAGAGCUGGGAGCAGAUCCUUCACAUGAGUGUCCUGCAGCACGGGACAGCUGGCUCCACCCCAGCCCCUACCAGUGGCUACCAAGAGUUUGUGCAGGCAGUGAAGCAGGGUGCCUCCCAGGACGCUGGGGUGCCUGGUGUCGGAGACACUGGUUACAAGGCUUUCUCGAGCCUGCUCGGCAGCAAUGGCGUCUGCACAGACACAGCAGCAGCAGGGACUGACAGUGGAUGUGGAGGGUACAAGCCCUUCCAGAACCCUGUUCCUAACCAGUCCCCCAACUCCAUGCCCUUAUUCACCUUUGGACUGGACAUGGAGCCGCCACCCAGUCCCCUGAACUCAGCCCCACCCAAUAGCACCCCAGAAUGCCUUGGUCUAGAGCUGGGGCUCAAAGGAGGCGCCUGGCUGAAGGCUCCUCCUCCUUCAGAGCAGGUGCCCAAGCCCUUUGGGGAUGACCUGGGCCUUGGCAUUGUGUACUCGUCCCUCACCUGCCAUCUGUGUGGCCACCUGAAGCAACACCACAGCCAGGAGGAAGAUGGUCAGAUCCAUGUCAUUGCUAGCCCUGGCUGCGGCUGUUGCUAUGAUGACAAAUCACCAUCCUUGGGGAAUCUCUCGGGGACCUUGGAGAGCUGUCCUGGGGAAAUGCCACAGGAAGCCAACCUCACCUUAGCACCCAGGACACCCUCCAAUUUGUCAGGGGAGGGCAAGGGCCCUAGCCACUCUCCUGUUCCCAUCCAGACUACUGAGGUGCCUGUGGGCACUCUGGGCAUCACUGUGUCUUAGGUGAGUGUGCUAUUGUUGCUGAGGUCUGUGCUAAGGCCAGGGUUCCUCCAAGCCAGGGAAGUGCUUGCUGGGAGACAGCCCAGCUGACAGGUUUCCCAGAAAUCGAAAGAAUGGUGAAGUGAAGAUGUGAACUUGGCCUGACCCUAGAAGCUCAGAGCCUGGCUGUCUCCCCUACCGUUGGCCUGGGCUCUCCUCCCUCACAAGGGAUUCAGUGACUCACUUUGCUUUCUCCCACAGUAGUGCUGACAUUCUUAAGCCCUGGGCUCUCCUGGCUCUUGUUGCCCUACCUGCUCAGGCCCAUUCUGUCCACCCAAUAGACCGUUUGCCCAAGGCUCACAGCAGUCCUGGCAUAGCUGUCGGGUUCUCCCAGCUGGAAGCUGGUCCUAGAAACUUGCAGUGGCUCGGGAGGCCCUAACUAGUGGAAAUUUUGAGUUAAGGGAGGGUAGAUACUGUGAGGCCAUUCAUUAAACAGCUCGGACUGAGACUAGAAGCAGAGCCUGCUGUCCCAGCUUGGCCCAGUUGUGGAAAGCAACAAGAACACAAACUUGAUUGCCCAAAGUCACUGCCAGUGACCCACAUGUGGCCAGCAGCCAGGGAUCCCAGGAUGUGGAAGUGGGGAUCCCAGUAAACAAACACAGCUGCCUAGUGGCAGGUCCCAGAGGAUACCACCGCUGGCAGCCAAGGCGAGACCACAAGGGAACUGUGGGGCUGGUUCUGGUUGGUGGCCAGGUGGUAGGGAUGGCAGAUGGCAGACUGCAGUCUGACUGCGUUCUGGAGGACGGGACCAGGCUCAGGACUGUCUGCUCGUGUCCCUACCUAUGGGACACCUAGUAUGUUUGCAAGGAGGGCAGGACAGAAGAGGUCACGUGGAGCUCUAUGUCAAUAAAGACUCUUUAUCUUGU